CAUCCGCCGCCAUAUUGUUUGAUAACGUCGUCCUUCUUGCUACCGUCACAAUGUUUUCGUUGUUCUCAAAUAUUAGUUUUUUAUUGUUUUACCAUCCUCAGAUCUCAUGUGACCCGAAAAACUGAUCUAUUCCCCGAAGCUUAUCAUAUCUAGUUAAAUAACUUUAAUUGGCGUGAAGCAGAGGAAGAAAGAUGAGUGUGAUUAUUCGUUUGCAGAAUUUGCCCUGGUCGGCCAACGCUGCGGACAUACGAAAAUUUUUCCAUGGGCUCUCAAUUCCUGAAGGUGGAGUUCACAUUGUUGGCGGCGAGCAGGGUGAUGCAUUCAUCGCUUUCAGCACGGACGAAGAUGCUCGCCAAGCCAUGUUGAUCGAUGGUGGUAGGAUAAAUGAAGUGAAAAUCAAGCUAUUGCUGAGCUCACGAUCAGAGAUGCAGAAAGUAAUCGAAACCGCGAGACAGCAAGCUUUGAACCUCCAAAACUACAUGCAAAUGCCUGCCCAACCCCCCGUGAUGCCCACAAUGCCGAACAUGCAGAAUCUCCAGAGCAUGCAGAUGAUGCAACAAAUGGCGCAACAGAUGAUGCCGAUGGGAAUCCCGCAGCAGCAAGUCCCCCUCGUCAAUCAGUGGCCAGGACAAGUUCCUGGGUCCGUGAAAAUGGGCCCUAUCGGGAUGGUAGCCCCAAUGCCCAGCCAAGCCGCUACUCCCAAUCAAAACCAAGGAGCAGAGAGAGACCCGUCGCCUCCUGUAACGUCAGAAUUGGUCGUAGAAGGAGAGAAGGUGAAGUCUGAUUCAGAGGACGAAAGCAAGAAAGGAAGCCAUCGUGACCGUGACAGCUCUCACUCGAGAUCCAGGUCUCGAUCGAAAGAAAAACGAGAUCGAAGGGACUCCCGUUACAGAGAUCGCAGGGAUCGCGAUCGUGACCACGGUAGAGAUCGAGAUCGCCAUAGGGACCGCGAUCGUGACAGGGACAGAGAUAGGGAUCGAGACAGGGAUAGGGACAGGAGGAGGCGCAGCAAAAGCAGAGAUAGACACCGGGACAGGCGCCACAGAUCCAGGAGCAGAGACAGGAGUCGUAGAAGUGAAACUUCGAGGGAUAGAGAUCGUGAUCGACAUGGGAGGGAUAGAGACCGUGAUCGCAAGAGGAGCUCUAGCAAAGAAGCGAACUCAGCUGUUACGACCAACGGAGAUUUGAAAGGUAUGGACCCUCAAGGAGAAACGCCGACUAACAACGGCACUUCAGUUACCAGUGAAAAUCCACUAGCGGCUACACCUCAAGUGGCAAGUCAAGUUGCAGGUCUGCCGCAGCCCCCCGUGAUGCUACAUCCUGGUCUCGCAGCCGGGAACGCCUUCCCACCUAUCCCGGAGCCUCCAAAAAUGCCUGUCGUGUGGCCCGGUUUCCCCGGCGAGAUGAUGCCGCCAGCUGGCUUACCCCCUCAGCCCGGCACCUUGCCUGCUCAAGCGGGCACUCUGCCUCCACCGCCUAUGUUCAUGCCCCCUGAUUUUUUUGUAAAUAGUAUGAACCUCCCGCCCAAUAUGCCCCAAGCACCGGCACAGGGAGAGCCGUCGAACCAUGUAGGAGAGCGUAGUGACUCAAAAAAACAGGAAUUGAACACACAGAAGAACUGUUGUGUUCAAAUUCAAAAUAUGGCGAAGAGUGUUGGUUAUGCUGACAUUGAAAAGUUCUUCCAGGGUAUGGAAAUUGUACCCAAAGGUAUUAAAAUGAUCAACGAUGAUGACGGGAAUAGGUCUGGCCUUGCGUAUGUUCGUUUUGUGCAUGAUGGCUUUAAGAAUCAAGCACUGAAGCUGAAUGGACGCCCAAUGAAAGGGCAAUGGAGAGAAACCAGAGUCAAAGUAACUCAUCUGGAUGACUAUAUUUACAAUGAAGCAAUCGAUGAUUUCCACCCACCUGAAAAGAAGCUGAGACCCGUUGGGCCAGUAUUUGACACACUUAAACUCUCUCAACUACCACGAUACACCAAAGAGAAAGAAGUUUUGGCUCUAUUCACCAAUGUAAGACCACGUAAUGUCAUCAUCUAUCCCAAUAAACAUCUUUGUGAUGCGUUUGUUGAGUUCGAGAGUCCACAGGAGGCAGAGCUAGCUGCAUCCCUUCCUUUGAUGAUGGGCAGGCAUCAUGUAGUUACUGAGCCUGUAUUUGACAAGGAUCCUAAUCUUCACUUAAGUGCUGUCGGAAACAACAUGUUCCUGGCCAAUCAAUCUGGACCAGAGAUUCCACCCCCAAGGCAAGAUCCUCGCAGAAAGAGCUUGAACGAGAAGGAAACCAUUAGCCCUGUUCCACCUAGACAUGUUCCUGAGCCAUCAAUAGAAAAUACUGUUCCUGUGUCCGACUGUUUAUUACUUAAAGGGUUGCCAUUUAAAGCAAACGAUCGUGAUAUUCUAGACUUUUUCUCAGAUGUUGGUAUUGUACCGUUGAAAAUUCACAUCAUGUUCGACAAGCAAGGGAAACCAGCCGGCGAUGCAUUUUGUGAAUUUAAUACACCGGAAGAGGCCAACCGCGGGUUGGUGAAACAAAACGCCCCCAUGGAUAGGAAUAUAGUGACGGUGGUCCCUAUUCCCAGGCACGAAAUGAUGUGUGCCCUCGGAAUUCUUCCACCCGGACCGAUGAUGCCUCCCCAUAUGGCAGGACCUGGUAUGCCAGCUCCUCGAAUGCCACCAGGAAUGAUGGGACCACCUAUGGGACACCCAGGAGACAUGCGAAUGCCCAUGCAUCAUCGACCCGCCAGACCGGACUUUAUUCCAGGGGGACCCAAUUUUAGAGGUCAUCGAAUGGAGAACGAUUAUAUUAAUGACAGUAUCAAUGUGGAUGGGUUUGGGAAGCCAGGGUGUGUUGUUUCCAUGGAGAAUGUCCCAUUCAGUGCUGGCGUGGAGGAUAUUCUGCACUUUUUCCAUGGCUUUGAUGUGGUUCGACAGAAUAUAAUUCGGAGGUUCGACGAUGAUGGCAAACCCACCGGCGACGCCAGGGUUUGUCUGAAGACGCAAGCUGAUGCGCAAAGAGCAUGCCAAAAGUUGCACAAGAGGAUGAUUGGACAUCGAAUCAUUUACUUAAGUAUUGUAGAUUAAUAUGAUAGAAUAUUUGAGUGUCUGAGAGUUUCAAAGUACUAACUUGAUUUUUUAACCCCUCUUAAAAUAUUUCGGAAAAUAUGUCAAUAUUUUCUCCCCUCUCUGACUUCCUUCGAGUAUGAGAAAUAUAAGUAGGGGCAGCUAAUGCUGUUGUUUUUUUUAUAUGUCAAAGGCUCCAUCGGAUUUUGUUGACAUCUAAAGUUCCAAUAAGAAUAGAGUUACAAGGGUGAAAUAAAAUCACCACCCUGAUGUUUGACAUGGACGUUUCUGUUGAUAAAAACAAUGUGGCAGUUAUUUCAAUAUCUGUCUUGAGAAAAAAAUAAACCCCAAAAAUACAUCCCGUUCACAAGUUUGAAAUUGGAAUGUGUUUAUGCUAAAUGGAAGUAUGAUAAAUGAAUUAAAAUAAAAGAAUUCAUACUCCUAUGUUUUGUAUGCUUCUUUUGAUUUUGUUCAGUUGGUAAAAGUUCCUUUUAGCAUAAAAAUGUCUGUCUUAGAGUUUAGCUAAAGCUGUGAUCGUGGAAGGUUUCACAUUAUCAAUUGAUGCUUUCUGUAACCAGGCAACAUCAUCGAAACACAGAAUCAGUGUGUGUUGUACUGUGAUCUAGAAACGUGAUGUAAUAACCAUCAGACUCCUGGAUCUUGUAUCUCAAUUUAGCAUGAUGAAAACUUCCUCAUUAUUCUUUGAUUUUCAAACAGUGAAGAAAAAUUUGAAUUAUUUUCUUGCUCUUCCCUCCUAUUAACAUGCAUAUUUUGUGAUAAUUUCAAGCAAUAAAGUCAGUCUGUUUUCCAUGAGAAGUAUAACAGUGGAGGGAAUUUUUCUUGUAUUUCCUUUUUUUUUCUUAUUUUUACGAGAGUAUAGCAAGUAAUAAGUUUUGGUCUCAGCAAAAAUUAGCAAAUACUGCUACAAAUUUACUGUUUUAUUGCCGUUGUUAGGUACAGCCAUGAAAUUGUAUACUUACACAUCUUAAAUGAAACACAAUGUAUCUUUUCAGUGUAGAUCUCAAAGAUCUUUGUUCAAGUGUACAGAAUAGAAUUUAUAUAUUUUCGUUUCAGAUUGGUCUCUGUUAUAUUUUGCUUUGUAAAUUUGACCUAGAGGUGUUUUUUUACAACGAUUUCGUUAUUUCAUUUGUAUAUUUUUUGAUUUUGUAAAUUUAUGUGUAAAUUUACCUCUCUUACCCUCGGAAAAGAAUCCAAGCCAUUAAGUUGGGAUGACCUACAAAUGCAUGUAAAAAAAGCUUUUAUCACUAUGCAGGCCCAGAAGACUUUAUCUUUUUCCUCUGUUGUCAUUAAUUUGUAUAAUUAGAAGGGCAAAGAACUUGAAAAAAAAAAAAAUAAAGUUAUAAUUUUUUAACAGAA